UUCAUUAGCCGGCCAGAAACAUGGAUCCAGGAGAAGGAGGUGAUACCGGAGAACAGCAUGUGGGGGUCUCAGGCGAAUGCUCAAGUAGUUCUUCUACUAUUAAGAGUCAUUUGGAUACUUUUGGAGCUGCUCCGAGCUGCUACAUAUGCCACGAGUCUACAACAGAGGGAAACAAGCUGAUAAAGUUAUGUCAGAAGACCUGGGUAACAAUGAAACGCGCUGCAAGUCAGCGUAAACUUUUGAAAUCCAACACAUACUUUGAAGCGACGCAAAAGAUUAUGGAAUCCACUGAGAUUAUGGACUACAACUGUUUCUAUCAUAGCUGUUGUCACAGGAAAUUCACCGCCGUGAAACGAUCAAGAGAUAGCCAGCAAGCCGAUGAAGAACAACCAGCUAAACGUCAAUGCAUCCAGACCAGACGCUGCAGCGUUAUUCUCAAGUCGGAUCAAGAAGGGCUGCUGAAAGGAACCUGCAUAUUCUGUGGCAAGGGCCGAAAAAAGAAGCAUCAACGAGAAGAACCAAGGUUGAAGAUUGCAACAGUUGGCGGUUGUGAGACGAUAUCUCAGCGGGUUAGAUACUCAAACAACGAACGCAUCAGAAGUCUCAUUUGGAGCGGUGUUGACCUCAUCGCAAAGGAGGCAGAAUAUCAUAAGUCAUGCCGUAUUUCGUUCCUCAAAGAGACUGAGGAUCGAUGUCCCUCUGAAGAUGGUUCGCAUUUUGUAUCUCACAAGAAGGCCUUUGCAUCUACAAUUGCUCACAUCCAAGAUGAAGUAAUUGAGAAGAAACAUACUGUGUUGUUGAGUAGUUUACUUGAAAUGUACAAAAAGGAAUUCAUAGUUAUCGCUGAGAGAAAUAUUCCCUCCUACACAAGCCAAAAUUUGAUGAGAAAAAUUAAAGACCAUUUCAAAGACAACAUCAAGACGGCUCUGGCAGACCAACGGAGAGGAAAUUUCAUCUACUGUUCAGUCCUCUUAGAAGAAGAAGCAAGGGCUCGUCUUGAGGAAGAUUCCAUAAGAUAUGAAGAGGAUAGCAAAGUGAGAUGGGCUGCCCUUCAUCUCAGAUCUGAAAUCUUGAAGGUUCCAAAGACGAAUACACCUAAUCCUGUCACAGUCCAAAACGUGAAGGAGUGCGCUGCAAAGAUACCAGCACAGUUAGAUUUGUUUUUUAGAACUCUCCUUUGUGGUAUGGGAUCGAGUUGCACAGCACAAAAAGAAUCAGUUGAGCGAAAGGUAAAUGCCAUGUCGUCUGAUGCGAUGUACAAUGUGACACGAGGUUCCACAAGACCUUGGAAAAACACAGUGCUUGGUCUAGGAUUAGCAUCACUGACAGGAUGUAAGAUAGCCCUGCAGGUACUGAACAGAUUAGGACACUGUAUAAGUUAUAGUGAAAUCAAAGGAAUUGAGAGUGAGUUUGCCUACUCCGUUGCAGAUGACCAACACGAUGUUCCAGAUGGCAUUGCCCUUCAACCAAACUUGGCAACAGCUAGCGUCUGGGACAACAACGAUGCCAACGUGGAGACGCUGGAUGGAAAAGAGACAUUCCAUGCAACUGUUGGUCACACAUACCAGAACGUGAUAGAAGAUGAUCAGCAAGUCAUUAUCAAUGAACCAGAAUUUCGAGAGGGAAAGAACCGACGUACAUUUGUUGGGAAGGAUCGAGAGAUACCCGAAUUCAGGAAGUCCCUCAAGAAGGCCACAUUUGUCAGCACUGAUGCGGAACCAGGAAGCAUGAGAGCAGUCGAAUCAAUUACAUCCAAGUCGUGCGAUGUCUCUAGUGGAACUGAAAGUUCAGUGCCAGAGUUGACAGCAGGCACCGAUGGAUCAAGUUCUGAUGACUCAGUAUCUGAAAUAAGGACAGCCCUUGUUGAACCAGACAUAUCCUCCCAGUCGACUACAGACUUGGAAGUAGAACCAUGUACUUCAUCGCAUUCUACUUCAUUACAAAGUACAGAAACCAAGUCGAGUUCUGAUGACUCAGUGUCUGAAAUAAGGACAGCCCUUGUUGAACCAGACAUUUCCUCUCGGUCGACUACAGACUUGGAAGUAGAACCAUGUACUUCAUCCCAUUCUACUUCAUUACAAAGUACAGCAACCAAGUCAAGUUCUGAUGACUCAUCCGCAUGUACAACACUCAGUGUGUUGGAUCUAUAUUGGUUUUGGAAACUCAGUGAUGGCAGCACACCCCUGCAUGCAGGAUUCAUGAGCAAGUACAUUCAGGAUUCUUUGCCACUGCAACGAAUUUGCUAUAUGAACCCGAUAUCAAGAUCACCUACAAACAACGAUGUGGUAAGGGAAACGAUGAUCAGAUCCCUGAACGUUGCUAAGGAAACGGGCCAAGAGCAUGCCGUGGUAACCUAUGACUUGGCAGUCGCCUUGAAAGCGUAUUCGAUCCAAACGAUUGAGGCCCCUAUAUUCGACAAACUGUUGAUCAUGCUUGGAAACUUCCACACAGAGCUUGCUCUGUAUGGAGCAAUCGGAACGUUUAUCAAUGAAAGUGGAAUAGAAUUCAUCCUGACGGAGUCCGGAGUGCUGGCAGCCGGAUCUGUGCGCGGAUUUGUGAAGGGCAAAUUCUAUAACAGAUGCUUGAGAAUCCAUGAGCUCCUGGCAAACGUCCUGGAAAAGAAGUUGCACAGCAGAUUUCUUCGUGACUUAAAUGAAGAAGACAGGAUCUCAUUCCAAGAAGUGAUGUCUACAGUACCCGAGGACCCAGAACGAGUUGAAGACCAUCUAUCAGAUUCUGUGGUCACACGUCACAUACAGAUGUAUGAUGACUACUUCAAAGCUGUUCUCAAUGGAAGUCUCGGGAAAACAGCUCAAUAUUGGACAACGUACAUAUUCUUGAUCAAUCGCCUCCACAGAGAAGUUCGGAGAUGCAUCAAGACCAAUGAUGUCGAGGGUUACACAUAUGUCUUCCCAAUUUUGCUGUCUGUGUUCUUCGCCCUCAACAGACCUAACUAUGCCAGGUGGGGAACAUUGUUUUUACAGAAGUUGAAGAGCUGCAACUCAGUGUUCCAUGAGAUUCUCAAGAAGGGUGCAUUUUCCAUCAGAAGAACAGCAAAGAACUACAGCAGGUCCGCCGUCGAUUUGUCUUUAGAACAGACAGUAAACAGAGAUGCCACUUCAAAGAUGAAGGGAAUCGUAUCAUUCCGAAAUUCAGAGAACGCGGUGCAAAGAUGGGCACUCGGAAUGACUCAACGAGCGAUGGCUGUCACCGAACUUAGAACACUUCUUAGUCUAGACAUCAGUGAAAACGCCUCUGUCCAAUCUCGCCCAUCCAGGAUCCAAAAAGAUCAGGAUCACAUGACCACACUGAGUGCAAAGAUAGACGAAACGUGCAAUCCCUUCUCUGAUGACGCCCCGACUUCACUUGUGAAUCUAGCUACAGGGCAAGCAGCUUCAAAGGAGACCACGUCGUAUCUUCUUGAAACAUUGCAAAGGGGACAGGAGGCAAGAGACAAAUUCAGAGAUGAAUGGAACAAGGACAGCGCUCGCUUUCUCAAACCUGUGAAACGGAUCCGUGUGAAGAACUUUGCUGCUCAGAAUGUGAAGCAAAAAACCAAGCUCCCAGCUUCAAUGAAAGCAAAAACAAACGCAGAGAGUCUCAGAGAUAUGUUCAUUCGAAUGAUCGUAGUAAUUGCUCAGAAGACCUCAUUUGAUCUUCGGUACGUUCUUUCUUAUCCAAUUACUACGUACCCAUUGUCACUAGCACACUGCGAUGGAAUGUAUAUGAAGACCAACAAGUCAGCGCUGCUGAGAAGUCUUGAGUCUCUCCAAACAGAAAACAUCUCUGAAGCAGGUGUACUACAGGGUCAUGUAAGGGUCUAUGAUGGUGGACUUCUCCUGCAUUCUGUCCUCUCUCAGACUAACACAGGAGCAUCAUACUCGUCCAUUGCACGAAACAUGGUUUCACUAGUACUUUCUGGAAAGUCUACUGAAGUGCACGUUUGUCUCGACAAAUACGUGGGAAAUUCAAUCAAAGACAGCGAAAGGAAGCUACGUGGCGCACUUGACACAGUGUACGAAAUAACUGGUCCUGAUCAGACAAUACGACAGAGCGGUCAGAAGCUUCUUGCUAAUGGCGUUUUCAAAAACGAACUAGCAAAGUUUCUUCUAAGAGAAUGGGGCAAUGAUCAUCACUCCUACAUCUAUCACGGGAAAACCCUAUUUGCCUCAUAUGGCGGCGAGUGCUACCAAUACACCCCUGACGAGCACAAUCAUAUCAAUGUGUCAAGUCCGGACUACCUGCAAGGUGACCACGAAGAGGCAGACACGUUGAUUGCCUUUCACGUUGAACACAUUGAAGAAGCCAAUAUCAUGGUGAGAGCAUCUGACACCGACGUUCUUGUUAUCCUCAUCGGUGCCCUUGGCAAACAACGCAGAGAGGUACGCGCAAUGAAAAGUGUCAUCAUGGAUUGUGGCAUGGGCAACUCCAGGCGAUACAUAAAUGUGUCCAACAUCACCGAUGUACUUGAAGAUUGCAGACAAGGCCUUCCAAGGGCACUACCUGGAUUCCACGCCUUUACUGGAUCGGACUUCAAUUCCGCAUUCUACAGAAAAGGAAAAACCAAGCCCCUCGAAAUCAUGCAGAAAGACAAAACUGGCAACUACGUGGACCUCUUCAUCAGUAUGGGUAAAGCACAAGAUGAAAGUAUUGAUCUGGAUGUCGCAUCAGAGUUUGUCUGCCGCAUGUAUGGACAACACAAGACUGGGGACGUCAAUGAAGCACGAUACAUCAAACUGAUGCAAAUGACUGGCAAGGUGGACGAGGAGAAUCCACUAGCCCACAUCAAGAAGGUAGACUGCGCCUUGCUGCCACCAUGUCGCCAGACACUUCAGAUGAAGAUUCGCAGGACACAGUAUGUGGCAACCAGUUGGACACGAGCCAGCAACGCCCGUCCUACCGAAGGAAUCUCUCCUACAGAUUAUGGGUGGCAAACGAAAGGUUCCCUCCUAGUACCUAGGUGGUUUGAUGGCCCUGCUAUACCAGAAAAGUUAUUUCCAUGCAAUGAAGAGGCCAUCGAAGCCGAGGAGAGCACUGGGAACAUUGAAGAAGGGAUUGUUGAGGAGCAGAACAAUACCCUAGACUUGUCCUCGGACGAAGCAUGGACUGAGGACUCUGAAUCAGACACAGAAGACUAA